CACCCGUUCAACGUAAGGGUCGUGACAUGACUAGGUUUCUGCUGUUCGUGGUUGUUAUAGUAAAUUGCCACAAUGCACACUUGGGGAAACCGAUCUCCAGCGAGAAAUUCGGAUCUGUGGAUUCGGUGUUCCCGGCCCGCCAGCCUCAAUUUUCCCGGAACUCGCCUGCCUUGGUUCGGAAUUUAAACUCCCAGAACUCACCCGAACAGUCCAGCCUCUGCUACUUCCUGCAGGAGAGUGACCUGGAGAGUCAGAUCUCCUGCAAACUCCGGUUCACCAGGAGCAAGUUUAACUUCAACCCUUUCGGACUCCGGUUCGGGAAGAGGGGUGAGGCCGGCUCGGUGAACUGGAAGCCCCUGACUGUCAAUGGCAACAAGCUGCCUUAUCUUUGGAGACAUAAAGUCCCGACAUGAGGGUAUUCCCUGAGCGACUGCCGAACGCUUUUGUAUUAGAGGCUUUGUAGAGUGUUCAAUGUAUUCUCGUGUGGUGUGAGACACACGCGGAGCGCACCCGUAGUAAUGCAAUGUUAAUCUGUUUUGUUCCCGUGAUAAAUCCAGCACAAUUGCAUUUUUUUUGUAUAAAUAUGUAAAACAAUUAAUGCUGUCCACAUACACAA